UAAAAUGAAAGUGUUAUUCGCUUUAUUGUUUUGUGUGUUUAGUGUUUAUGGCAAAAUAUUACCCGAUUACUUCCCUCAAUGUAAGAAAAGCGAUCCGGAAAUCGAAAAAUGCAUUAUAGAUGCAAUAGAAGUUUUACGGCCGAAUUUACUAAAUGGGAUACCGGAAGUGAAUGCACCAGCGCUCGAACCUUUCAAUGUACCAACGUUGAAACUUGACAGAACUGCUACCAACCUUCGUUUAAAGGCAACUAUAAAGAAUAUGAAAGCUUACGGCGGAAGCAACUUUAAGAUAGAAAAGUUAAAAUUAAACCUAGAUGGAAAGUAUGAAGGCCAGAUGAAGCUCACAUUGCCGAAGCUAUCUGUGACAGCUGAUUAUGACGUGCGUGGCUCCAAGAUUCUCACUUUGGACAUUAGUGGCAAGGGGCGGUUGAUGAGUAAUUUCACUGGAAUAACAGUAGUAGUAAAAGGUGCAGCAAUGGUAGUAGAGCGUGAUGGCGUGGAGUACUUGCAGUCUGAGAAAAUGGUUACUAAACUGAAGAUUGGCCAUGGCCAGCUCGCUGUUGAUGACACCGAAAGACCUGUUGCUGCUACAUCAGCUGCAGCCUUCUUCAACGCGAGUCCAGGCGUGGUGUUGGAUAUUCUGAACCCACUGAUAGAAGAGAGUAGCGCUACGAUCUUCAAGGCAUUCUUCAACAAGGUUCUCUCUGCCAUACCCCUAAAGGAGAUAUUAGUUGAGGAUUCUUAAGACCAUUUGGGUUUCUUGUACAUAUUAUACUUACUUUCAUAAAAAUCAAUAAUUCUAAUUCACUCUUUUAGUAGUCAUCUGUCGCUUUUCAUCACAGUGUAAACACAAUUUGGCAGAAAGAGACGAAAUUACCUUAGUCAAACAGUGCUUAGACUGAUUUUUAUGAAUAAGGGGGUGAGGUUUAAGUCAUCCUAAACACUAGUAAAAUAUUGUUUAAGAUUAUUUAAGUCGAUCACAAUACUAUUUUAUACAAAUUGUUAUUGCGAAAUUUUUAUAUAAGAAUGACUAAAACACCUAAUAAUUGUGGCACACUUGUAUAUAUUGUAUAACUUUAGUGUAAGAUUUAUUUAUUUUCGUAAGGUUUUAUACAAAACUUUACACCAAAGAAUAUGUUUUCUAAGAAAUAAGACUUUUUGAUUGAAGUAAUUGAAACAUGUUAUAUGUUACAUGUCAACCUCCAUUCGCUAUAAAAUGUCGUUUCCCUUGCAUAACUAUUUCCUUGUUGUUAAAUGAAUGCAAUUGA